AACAGCAUACAACAUAGAAAUUGUUCUGGUCAAUAAGGAGAAAGUUACCUCUGGAUAUAAGGCGUUAUACAUCUUGCUUACACAUGCAUGUUCUAUUUCUAAUUGAAUUUGGGAGCAAAUUUUCCCUUAAAAAACCCUCCAUUAUUAGCAGUGAGAUGUGCUUCCUUUGCAGUAUGGCAUGCUGAUAGGUGUGGUCCCAGGAAUACAGUGGCUAGCCACACUCCACUGACAGAGGCACCAUUUUAGACCUGCUGAUAGAUAAUCAGGUUGAUAUGUCGCAUGAUCAAAGACGUCCCACUCACUUCAUGCAGGCUCUGAUUAACAUGACAUCUGGAGCAAUGGGUGGUGCGGCAUGCGUGGUCAGUGGACAGCCCUUUGACACAGCCAAGGUGAAGAUGCAGACUUUCCCAUUCAUGUAUCGAGGUUUCCUGGAUUGCAUAGUGCGCACAUACCACACAGAGGGAUUGCGUGGGUUUUAUCAUGGCACCGUUCCUGCUUUGGUAGCAAAUGUUGCAGAAAAUGCAGUUUUAUUUGCAUGUUACGGGUUUUGUCAGAAUCUUGUGUCUCACACCCUGGGGCUGCAAGAUCCAUCACAACUCAGAGAUUACCACAAGGCCACUGCCGGAUCUUUGGCUUCCGUCUUUUCUUCCUUAGUCCUUUGUCCAACUGAACUGGUAAAGUGUCGCAUGCAGACACAGCAUGAAAUGCGGGUGUCUGGUCACAAGGAUAUGCCCUGUAAAAGCACGCCAUGGUCCAUUGUUUGUGAUAUCAUAAAAUCGGAAGGUGUGUUUGGUCUGUUCCGUGGCCUCAGCAGCACGUGGCUGAGGGAGAUUCCAGGAUACUUUUUCUUUUUUGGUGGUUAUGAGCUCAGCAGCAGUAUUCUUAAUCAAAGUUCCACACAUCAACCAGGUGCAUUGGUGGUCACAGUGAGUGGUGGUGUGGGCGGGGCCUGUUUUUGGCUCUCCGUGUAUCCAGUGGACUCCGUAAAGUCAAGAAUCCAGGUUCUGUCAGGAGCAUCACAUCCUGAGGGCUUCUUACUAUCCCUGCUGCACAUACUGAGGACAGAAGGGAUUCUCACUCUGUACAGUGGCCUAAUGCCCACAGUGGUCAGGGCAUUCCCCUCCAAUGCUGCUCUCUUCCUGGCCUAUGAGAUGACAAAGAGGACUCUGACAGGAUGCUCAAACACUCAGACCUGAGGAUAAUUCUCUGUGAAUGCGGGAUUUAAAGUGCUCUCGUACUCUCUUCUUACAGCUACAUAAGCUCAUCUUGUCUCUGUAUACUAUAAAUACAGUGUAUUACUUUGGCUAUAGGAUCUCUUAGAAUAUGGCUGCCUCUUAGGCUUCUCCAUGAUUGUUGUCACACCUCCAAGUGCAUGGUUUAUAUAAUAAAAUAUUAUAUACAGAA